AUCUAAUGGUCUUUUAGUCAUGGAGAAUUCCACAAAAACACUCCCAGAAGCCCAAGAAGACAAUGAUGAUCAUGAUCAUGAUUCACCCACUUCCACAGAAAUCUCUACAAAUCUUCUUCAUGCUGAGCCUGAAUAUCUUCAUCUACCUAAGUUGUUGGCCAUGGAAGAAAGUUUGAAUCUUCUUCAGCAUGAAAGAAAUGAGGCAGUCACUCGCUAUUCGGAUUCAAUCAAAUUCAUUGCUGAACUCUCCAGGGAAAGGGAUUCUCUUCAGAACAGAAUUCGAGAGGUUGAAGCUGUCACAAGAGAGAAGGAAGCCGAUUUCGCAAUAAGAAUGGAUGAGGAAGUGAGUGAAAGAAAAAAGCUUGGAAAGGAAAUUGAAAUUUACAGGGAGAGAAUUGAAGACAUGGAAAUGAAGAGAGAGCAAAGCAAUGAGAUUUUGUUUAAAUGCUUUGAGUCUCUUCGAUUGGUGAAUGUGAGUUUGGAAAGGAUCAUAAAUAAUGUGGAUGGAGAAAAAACUGAUGAUAAAGAUGUCAAGUUCUCUAAAUGCAUAAAUGAGAGUGAUUUCAUGUGUUUGGAAUUGGAAUUGAAUGAGGAACUAUUGGCUGUUACAAGGCUCACUUUGGAGGCUGAAGAAAAGGUGAAUGAAUUCAAAGAAUUGAGAAAUAAGGAGAAGAGGGAGUUGGAGAAUAGUGUGGUGAGUUUGACAGAGGAGAAUAGAGAUACCAACAGUUUGCUGAGAGCAGCCUUGUUGGAGAAGGAAGCUGUAGAGAAGAGGUUGAAGGUAAAUAGCGAGCAGAAGAGAGUUGCCCUUUUGCAGAUUGCAGAACGAGGUUUGCAGCGUGUUGGUUUCGGGUUUAUGAUGGGAAGUGGGAAUGUUGAGCAAUCACUAGAGAGUUUUUCAGGAACAAAGUCAGAUAGUAGUGAGUGUGAAGAAGAGGUUGUUAGCCUGGCAUCAACUGUAGAGAGGAUAAUGAAGAAUUUACGGCUCGAAAUCACUAAGUUGAGGCGAUCUUUGGAAGAAUCUAGGUCAGACACCGAGCGGUUGCAGAGUCUUACGGACAAACAAGCUCAAACUAUUGAAGAAAACAAGUUAUACAUCAAGGAGUUGGAGGAAAGAGAAAGGGUGCUGACUCAAAAUGUUGAGGAAUUCCUGUUGGAAAUUAAGGAAAUUGAAGCAGAGGUAACUAGAUGGAGAGAAGCUUGUGAAUUAGAAGUUGAGGUUGGGAAAACUGAGAUUGAAGAACGCGACAAAGUGAUUGGCAUUCUGAAACAAGAGUUAGAGAAAACAAAGGCUUCUUUGGACAUAUCAAAUGGCAAACUAAAGCUGAAAGAAGAACUUGCUGCUGCAGCCAUGGCUGCUCAGGCUGCAGCAGAGAAGUCGUUACAGCUAGCUGACAGCAGAUCUGCAGGGCUCCGUGAAAGGAUAGAAGAGUUGUCCAGACAACUAGAAGAAGCAGAAACUCGAGAGCGACAUAGUCAUAGGGUGAGACAUAUAUGCUGGCCAUGGCAAAUUCUCAAAGCCCAUGCAGCUAAUGUAAAUAACAACAGAGUGCGAGAUGCACGGCGCAUGAUACCACAAAUGCAAGCAUUUCAUCAUUAAAAUCUUACAAUUCAUAUUGUAUUUUCGUUCAAGAUCCAUCUUUAAUUAUGUUAGAACCUCAUUUUUAUAUUUAUUCAAUUUAACCAUUGUCUCA